CAUCCAAAAAAUAUUUUUAUUAUAUAUUUGUGCCUCCCAAUAUUUUUUCCCCCACUAAUUAGCUAUGGUUCUUUCAAAAUUAACCAUGUUUUUGUCCUUGAUGAUUUUUGUAUCUUGUGGUGUAUCAAUGGGUGAAGUGUACAAGGUUGGUGACUCUACUGGAUGGACAAACAAUGGUCACAUUGACUACAAAUCUUGGUCUUCCAAUAAAAUUUUUAGUGUUGGAGAUUCCAUUGUGUUUGAGUACAAGCAGCAGAUGGACAACGUGGUACGAGUUACACACAAAAACUUCAACGCAUGCAAUGCCACAACAACUUAUGCCACAUACAACACUGGAAAUGACACAUUUGUUAUAAAAAGGCAAGGCCAUUUCUACUUCAUUAGUAGCUUCCCUGGCCAUUGUCAAAAUGGCCAGAGAGUUGACAUUCGAGUUCCAAAGCCCACACAAUUAUCACCUUCUCCGUCACCAACACCACCACGAGCACCUUCAUCGUCUUCCUCUCCUCCUCCUACGGAGACAAUUACUCCGUCAUCAACACAAGCACCUGCACCAGCUCCAAGUGGAUCCUCAAAGAUGUUGUUUUCGAUCAAUCUAUGGUUGUCCUUGUCCAUGCUUCUAAUAAUAGUAGUCGCUAUCGUUUGAUUGUUUUCUUAAUAUUUACCCUUUAAAGAUGUUUUCAUUUUUUGGGUUUUAAGUAGGUAUGUUAUGAUUUUAUAUUGAUCGUUUUUGUGGGAUACUAGGCUAUUUUAAUUUGAAAUAAUAUAUUAAUGAUU